GCUACACUGCUUAUUCUGUGUUUGUAGCCGUCACUGUUUGUUUUCUUUAUACUCAGUGCGAGUUUAUUCGCGUAAAAGCUAACUAGCAUAGAGAGCUAAUUCAGCUAACCUCACAACGCUCUCACCGUUAUUAACAGAUUUACCUGCUGCUCAGGAACUUAAACUGUAACUAUCUGGGAAUAUAAGGUUAAUAACUCCUCAUCCACAAUCAACAUGAGUGAUGCUUGGCAGGAGUGUAUGGAUCACUGUGUGGAGGUCACCAAAAAGGCUGGCAAGAUGAUCCGCGAGGCUCUCCAGAAGGACAUCGCCGUCAUGCAGAAGAGCUCGCCAGUUGACCUGGUGACCGAGACGGACCAGAAAGUGGAACAGCUCAUUAUAUCCGCCAUCAAGGAAAAGUACCCCACUCACAGCUUCAUAGGUGAGGAGUCAGUCGCAGCAGGUGCUCCCAGCGUGCUAACCGACAAUCCCACUUGGAUCAUCGACCCGAUCGAUGGUACCACCAACUUUGUUCACAGGUUCCCAUUCGUGUCUGUAUCAAUCGGCUUCACCGUGAAGAAAGAGAUAGAGUUUGGGAUUGUCUACAGCUGCAUCGAGGACAAAAUGUACACAGCACGGAAAGGGAAGGGCGCGUUCUGCAACGGAGAGCCCAUCAAAGUAUCUGGACAAGAAGAUAUUAGCCAGUCUCUGGUCCUGACAGAAAUGGGCUUCAAGAAGGAUCCUGAGCAGUUCAAAACAAUGCUGGCCAACAUCAAGACCAUCCUCACCAUCCCUGUACAUGGUAUCCGCUCCCCGGGCAGUGCAGCUGUCAACAUGUGUCUGGUGGCGUGUGGAUCAGCUGAUGCUUACUACCACAUGGGCAUCCACUGCUGGGACAUGGCUGGAGGAGCAGCGAUUGUUACCGAAGCUGGAGGAGUUAUCAUGGACAUCUCAGGUGGACCGUUUGAUCUGAUGUCACGGAGGCUGAUCAUCGCCAGCAGCAAAGCCAUAGCAGAGCGCAUCGCCAAGGAGAUAACAGAGUUUCAUGUCGGCAGGGACGACGCAGAUGGCCAGUAAAUUCUCUAUCAUCUCAUCACCAACUUUACAGUUAUUUAAUCACAGACUGUUUUGUAUUAACAAGUUACGAUUCCGUCUUUGCCUUAAGAACCAAACGAUAAAGUUACCUCUAAAGAACAAUCUAAAGUUUGUCAGCACUUGAGACUUUUAGCCCUCUCUCUGCUUUCUUUAUAAGUCACUGUUGUAUUUCUGCACUUAGUCAUUCACAGAUUUAGACUUUUUAUUCUGUUGUAACUUGGAAAGAAAUGAUGUGAUUGUGUUAAAGGAAUUAUGCCUGUGUGUCCAAAUUCACACUUGUUUUACUGUAUUGUUGUUUAACAAUUAGACAGUUUUUAUUUGGAUUUUUGUUUCUAUUUAUUUGUGUGGACAAUGCAGUCAGAACAUGAUCACUGACACAGUACCUCCUUACAGCACCAUUGGAAUAUUUUUAGGACAAAUGUGUUCAGGUUUUGAUUAAUAAUGUUUUUCCACAAAGGAUUUCAUCGUAGGUUAUUGUAUUUAUUAAAGACACAUUUGUUUACUCGGUUAGAAAGUUAGUUUCAGUGCCAUCACUAGAUAGUUAAAGGGAACCUAUUAUGCUCCACUGUAUUUUCUGUCAUAUAUAUAAUGUUACAAUUUCGGAUGUUCAUAGUAAACGUGGCCAAAGUUUAAAAUAAUUAGGUAAAUGUAUGUAAAAGUAAUCCCUGUGAGCAGAAACCUCAGGCUUCAACAUGUUCUGAAUAUUUGGUUUCCAAUGAUUUUUCUAGUUUGGCUACAAGAUAACGCCAGCUCAUGACAGACUACUUUUUAUGGUCAUCUGCUUCAGGCUCGCUACUGCAAGUGUUUACAUUACAGACACUGCUACAUGUAGCUACAUGCUAACGUCAGGGAAACAUAUAAUCUUGGUUGCUGAUUUUGUUAGUUUCUCCCAGAUUUUAGAUCGUACUCCUGUUGGAACAUGUCCGGUUGUUAAGAUUUUGGUUUAAAAGCUUUUAUUGGUAAUUUUUAAUGGGAGAACGUGCUGCUAUUCAUAAUCAUUCCCAAACUACAAGUAAGCCGCUACAUGAAGCUACAUGCUAACAUCAGGGAAACAUGAAAUCUUGGUUGAUAUUGAUGUUAUUUUUUCACCUGUUUUGGAUUUAUACUUGUGCGGCAGACCGUAUGCCAUAGCCUACGCACGUGGCCUAUGCUGUUGUUAGCAUUUAUACUUGUGCAGUGAUGUGUCUGUGUCGCUCUGCAGUUACACCUCCAAAACACUAGUCGGCGACUGAGAUUUCAUGUUAAGUGCUGUAAAGUUUAGUUGAUUCAAAACACACCCAAAACACAUUAAACAUGGCUUAAUAGAGACGGUUUCAAACACAAGUACACAAAUUGGCUUCACAAUAACUCGCAGCAUUCUCAGACAAAGCACUUGUCUUUAUCUGGACGCAUUUCCCCCACCAAUACAACAUGCUAAUGUUAUUAACACAGGCCUAUGGCAUUUUACAUUAUAUAAAUUAGCCUAGCAGCUAGCAGACUUUUCCUCUUCUCAUAUGAAACCAGGGACAACAGCAACAUUUAACAAAGGUAAAAAUUCGGCUCCAUUACAACUCACAAGGUUCACUGACAAAACAACUGUCUUAUACUAAACACUCGUUCCAAACAAAUAUAACAUGCUAACAUUAUUAGCACAAGCCUAUGGCAUUUUACAUUGUAUAAAUUAGCCUAGCGCUGAGCAGAGAUUUUUUCUGCCUGUAUGAACCCAGGAUAAAUCCCUAAGUAUACAUCACACGCAAGACUUCAAAUUAUAUUUUUGUGGAGGCUCCAUUGUCUUCACAAUUGAUUGUUUCUUAAUUGUGAUAAAAGCCUCCUUUCUACUGAGGGAAAUGGUUUCAGCUUACAAAAAUAAGGCAGAAGGUCUGCGUCGCCGCAAGAUGUAGUUACAUUUCUGAGGAGGUGCAUGUCAGGCUACGGCAUAGGCUCUGCGCCAACGUAGAGUCUAUGUUAUAGGUAUAGCGUCGAUUCAACACAUAAGUAUAAAUUCCGCCUUCUUCCUACUGGAACAUGUACGACAGCUUUUAUUGGUAAGAAAAUGUGGCUUUACUCUGUUGCAAUCAUUCCCUGGCUGCUAUUAUGAAAUAGAGAUGUUGAUAUAUGGAACACCUGGAAAUGCUGACCUAUCAGAGCAGACUGGGCUUUUUUGGGAGGGGGAUUUAAAGAGAUGGGCCCCAAAAGGGACAUUUAAGACUGAAGAGUGAAUGCAGGUGCUCCAGCACAGACAGUAUGGGAAACAAAAUCCUUUUUGACCAUUAAAGCCUGUAAACAUGUUCUAAUAGAAAUACAAGCAUGACCCUGAAAAUGAGCAUAAUAGGUCCCCUUAAAUACAAGAAUAUAGACACCAAACAGUGUUUACGGAUACCUACUGUACUGUAUAACUGUGUCUUUAUCAAGUCUGAAAUAAAAUAAUGGAGUUCUUGAAAAUGUGCUUAAAUGUUUUUUAAAUGGGUGGUCUGUAAGGAUGUAAUAACAAGGAAUAAAGAGCCCUAU